AGAAAACAAACAGACACCAUAAAGAAAAGAGUACCCAAUUUUCUACUAUCAUUCGUGUCGUUUAACUCUCCAGACCUUUUCCUGACGUAUGUACAUGCCUUAGGAGUACCCGUUUGACUGGAUAGCACACGGGCAGAGAUGUGUUCCUUUUCUCGUUUCUUUGCUGUUUGAUCCAAAAAUGGUGUUUUUGCUGGUAGUGUUUGUUGAAUCAAUACAAUAAAAGAAUCUAAAGAUAAAAGAUUAGAUUCUUGAGGUUUUAGGAGAAAUCUCAAAGAAUCAAAUAAGAAAUGAACAUCUAAAAGAAUUUAUAGAUCAAAGAUUGUUUUACAUGUAUGAUUACAAGUGUAAAUAAGUCUAAGAAUCCAUAAACCCUUUGUAAGAAGUGUUCUAGGUCUAAAAUGGGGAAGAAGAUAUCCUUGAUAAAGAGAGUUGUAUCUCUAUUUAUACAAAGAAGAAGCUAGGACUUCAUAGUAAAAUGGGUCUAGUUUAUUGUCUAAUGGGCCUUGAUGGAGGAUGUAAAUCCACCCCCAACAAUAAGCCCCCCAAAGUUCGUUGAGAGAGACGAAGUCGUUCUCUGCGAACUUUAUGAAUAGGGUUUAUUAGACAAUGAACUAGACAUAUUCAUGCCUAUGACGGUUUAGGCGAGUUUAUUUCGAACUUGUGCUUAGUAAUAAGCGAGUUUGCUUUAAACUCGUGCUUAGCGAAAGACGAGUUUACUUGACUCAUGCUAAGACAGAGGCGAGUUUACUGAGAGCUCGUGUAGAAGGAGAGCUUCUGUAAACUCAUGCCUAGCCAAAGAUGAGUUUCUGUAAACUCGUGUCUAACAAUAAGCGAGUCGACCACAAACUCGUGCCUAAUAAACAGCAAGUUCAAUUUAAACUCGUGCCUAAAAUACAUGUUUACCGAACUAUUGCCGACCCGAAGUCUCGUGUUGAGAUCGUGUGUGCCGAGCAAGUUAUUGGCGUGUAUGCUUGUCAGGCUAUGAUAACGUUGAUGAACGCGCUGUGGAGUUGCGAGGGCAGUGGUGAGCUCGUGAUUGGCGACGAUGAAGUCAGCAGGAGUUGUGCGGACCUUGAUCACGUCAGCUAGAGCUUGUACCGGAGUCUGAGCUCGUCAUAUGUCUGCCUUGCAAUUGAUCCUGGCACACAAAGAAAAAUAUGAUGAUUAUCAUCCGAUCAAGUUUAUUCAAAAGAGAUAAUCAAAGUUUUGUGUAAUUGAUAAGCAAGCAAUGAUGAUGAUCAGAUAAUUGCUCAGCUCUUGCAUACGAUGUUAGUAAUUUAUUUAUAACUAAACAGCAUGCACAGGUUGCAACCAAUAAAGUAAUCAAGAUUAUAGAAUACUUAUCUUUGAGGACAAGUAGUUGCUGCUAGUCGCUGAAGAAGGAUGAUCUCAUGAUGAGCUCUUUCCACAGAUGGAGUGUGAAAGAUUGAGCCUUCUAGUCGACAAGCCAAUGUCACGUCCUCAUCUCUGCAUGAUCCAACAUCUCGCAAGCAGCCUUCUGGUGGUGAGCUCUGCCUCAAUGGAUCGUUUUGAUCUUUGCGGGGAACAAGCCUUGAGCUUCAUUGUAAUAAGUGAAAGGAUGAGACGAGAAGCUUGUAACGAGACAGCCUUUGUUGCUGAGAUAAAGUAUUGAACUUUGUUGAGAACAAGUCUGGAGCUCCAAUCAAUGCCAAGAUAACGUGAUCUGAAUCCAACGAAGAGGCUAAGACGUGAUCUUGACAACGUCAAGCUCGGGGAUGCGCGUUGAUGGUGUUGAUGAUCAUGAGAUGAGCAUAAAGAGAGACCGAACUUGUCGUGGUCUAUCCAAAGUUCCUCUGUUUUCUUCUUUGGGAGAUGCUGAAGCUGUUUCCUUCUUGGAUAAGAUGGUGGAGUUAUGGUACGAGCACGAGAUGGCGAGCACGAGACGGCGAGCUAGAGACUUGAGUUUUGCCAAGAUAAAGUCCCAAGCUUUUCCAGAAAGUGAUGUUACUCUCCCAUCUCAGCUCUAGCUUUCCUGAACCAUGUGAAGGCUGUAAUAACUAGACCUAGUGCUCUCACUAGCAGCUCUAGCAGAGCAAAGGAAACAGAGAACCGGUAAUGAACGGAGCCAAAUCUCUAAAACCGCGAUCUGGCAGCAUAGAGAGAGAGAGACAGGAACGGAGAGUUCAAGAGACAUGAACACUCUCUACCAGGAUCCUAGCGAAGCCAAGCUUGUCUUCCGUAGAGGUUUCCGCGCCGGCAUGAACCAUCCGAGAGGGAGUUGCUGAGAUCGAUGCUUCCCGAUGCGACCGUGUCCAGCACUAAAGUGACCGCGCUUCUUCUUGUUCUCCUCGAAUCUUGUCGCCAUUCUCGCUGAUCAAGUCCCCCAGCUUAAUGUCAAAAGGAGAGGAGGAACAGAACAAUUGUCGUAAAGAUGGCAAGCUUGUGUUGAGGUAAUUACAAAAUCUGUUGUCUUUAGCAGAUACUUCAAUCAAAGUAGUAAGCUUUAUGAGACUCAUCUCCUUUCAUCGUGGCCGUGAGUUUCUUAAGAUCAAUUUACAGGUUUGUUACGAUCUUGAAGAGUGGAAGUACGAGACGGCGAGCUUCACCGGCGGAUCGAGACGAAAGCUUCACCGGCGGAUUGAGACGGAAGCUUCACCGGUGGAUUGAGACGGCGAGCUUCACCGGCGCCGUCUAUGAGGAUCGAGACGACAAGCUCUGUCAGGGUCUUUGGCUCUUUGGUGUGUACAUCAAAAGCAAAGCUUUUUCGUUGGUUGAAGAAAGCUCCGAACCUUGACCCAUAUCUCUUGCUCCGUAGAACCAAACCCGUGUGUUGGCAAGAAGCUAUGAAGCAACAACGAAGGUUCAUGUUCCCGAUCCUCUGUCCGUUCGUCUUGUUUCUUAUGGUGUGGACGCUGUCACAGAAGUCUAGAAGAUCUCGACGACCACGGUCCAAAAGCAGUGACGAUGAACUGAUCAUCUCCUCGCUUCGCCGUCUCCACGCAUCUGACUUCGACGCCGACAAGGAGAGCACGAGGGAGAAGCGGUCUGAGAUCUCCAUCUCCAGCUUUCACCAAACAUCCAGCGAGUGGUCUGAGAAGCUUUCUCAUAAAGCUCGGCUGUUGAUGUUACCAAAGAUCCUCCAAAGUUCGAAACUUUCAGAUUGGUCAAACUCGUCACUUCUAAGAAACAAGACGACGUUGUAGAUUUUUUUUUUUUUUCUUUUUCUCUCAAGUUUGAUAGAUUUCAAGAUAUUUUUCCUUGAACCCCCUCCUUCUAGCGCCAAUUGUUUGAUCCAAAAAUGGUGUUUUUGCUGGUAGUGUUUGUUGAAUCAAUACAAUAAAAGAAUCUAAAGAUAAAAGAUUAGAUUCUUGAGGUUUUAGGAGAAAUCUCAAAGAAUCAAAUAAGAAAUGAACAUCUAAAAGAAUUUAUAGAUCAAAGAUUGUUUUACAUGUAUGAUUACAAGUGUAAAUAAGUCUAAGAAUCCAUAAACCCUUUGUAAGAAGUGUUCUAGGUCUAAAAUGGGGAAGAAGAUAUCCUUGAUAAAGAGAGUUGUAUCUCUAUUUAUACAAAGAAGAAGCUAGGACUUCAUAGUAAAAUGAGUCUAGUUUAUUGUCUAAUGGGCCUUGAGGGAGGAUGUAAAUCCACCCCCAACAUUUGCCUCAUCAUCAUCAGUCAUAAGCUGUUCCAAGAGAACACUCAGCUUCCCCAUUUUUAGCUUUUAUCUCCUCUAGACCAUGCUCAAUGGUGCGAUCUUACUCACCUUCUUCUGCAACUCUUCCACCGUCGCCACCAUAUCAGAUUUUUUUUCCUAAGGUGCCAUGAAAUUGAUCGUAUGAGGCUCUGAUUACAUGUUUGUUACGUGUAAAAUGUAAAAUGCUCACUUUUAAGAGAAUUACUUGUAUUAAUAUCAAAUGAUAAAGUAAAUUAGAUAGUUAUGAGAGAGUUUCAAUGGAUCCCUCUCACUCCCAUACAAUUUGUUGAUCAUUCACUCUACAUCCUCACAUUAUGAAAGCAAAAGAUAAUAUAAACACUCAGACGUGAAGGACACAUCAGCACCCUCUCCUCAUCAAGCCGUUAGGAAUACAUAUCUGUCUUUCAGGAAUAGAUAGUGAUUAUUCCUUGUACUUAAUCUCAAUCGCCUUCUAAAACACCCAUCUUCCUUCUAGAAGUUAUCCCCUCUGUUAGACCUUUGUCACUCGUGGGUGUCAGCCUUCUCCAUCAUGUGUUAUUGAUACACAUGAGGAUGUAUUGAUUGGUAGAGACAAUGACAAAAAAGUAUCAAUAUGCUUUCAUAAAUGUAUUUAAUAAAGUAAUUGGUAAAUCAGUAAAUGAUUUAUAUAUAAAAACUACAAUAUAUAAUUAGUUUUCUUUAAUAAUAUAUAUAUUUAUAUUUAUAAUAUACAUAUAUUAAGUUUUAUAUUUUUACUGAAUUAAUACAAGCGUUAAAAACAAGUAAAUUAAUUUCUUAUAAUUCCGAUACAAUUGUUGGAAAAUAACCACUAUAACAAAAAUAUACAGAUCUUUUUUUUAUUACUAGAAUAUUUUCGAUACCAAGCGUACCCUUUUUUUACGUUAUGAGAAAAAACGUAUUUACGAGAAUGCCAUUACUUUUCGCUGCCACGUAGGCAAAAAACCGGCGCCACGGAGGAAUUCGCGUCCGUAUUUUCAUUAAGUCAGCUGUUAAGCGAUAGAUACGUAGUUACGGCCGAUUUAUCUUUACGUUACGGCUGACUUAAUACAUACGACUGACUUAAGUGAAAGUGGCUGACUUAGAACUAUAAGUCAGCUUGCCGAUACAACUGAUUUACAGAAAUCCGGCUGAGUUAUGUGAUCACGGCUGACUUAAUGAUACAAAUGACGGCUGACUUAUACAUCGGCGGUUUGAUUUCUGGAAAAUUUGGCUGAGUCGUGGUUAAGAAACGGCUGAGAAACUUUUUUUCAGCUGAGUAAAGGAACAUGGAUGGGCUGGGUUAUUGAAGCCACGGCUGAGUUAUGGGAUGCUGUUACGACUGGGUUUGUAUUAGUCAGCCGUUAAAGCAUGGAUAAACAGUAAACUCAGCUGCUUUGCGGCUGACGUAUGAGCGAAAGAUUAAUUACUAGAAUGUUCUCGUUUGAUGGCUGAUUUACGUAACGAUACGGCUGACAUAUGGUUGUUCAUCCUUAUUGCGGCUGACUUACCGUCAAAAGAUUAAUUACUAGAAUGUUUCCAUGUAUCGGCUGACAAAGUGUAAACAUGAUGGCUGACUUAUUUUGGCUGAGUUACUGAUUUGUUUGUCGGCUGAUUAAUCGAUGUUCCAUGUCAUCUGCCAUGUCAUCAACUCGGAUUUGACAUGUCAUCACUAACGGUCGCCCAAUUUACAACUGAGUUACGAGACCUUUCAGUUGUCUUCUUCAUCUUAUUUUUGAAUGAUUACACAGCCUUUCUUUUCUUCUUCAUCAUCUCAGUUAUCUAUCCUCUUCAUCUUUCUCAUAUGGUAAUGGAUCCCGUUAUUAUUGUUUCCGGUAAAUGGAUUAUGAAAAAACGAUAUGUAUUCAACGUCGACAGUAGAGGGUGUAGAGUUCUUCAUUUAGGUGAGAAAACUAAACUUGAAGAUUUCACAAAGUCUGUCAUCGACGAUUACGGUUUGAAUGAUUUGAAGGUUCAUAUUCUGCUUAGCUACAUGUUUUCGAAUAAAACAUUGAAAACAAUGGCGCACAACACUCCACCAGUUUACGUGUCCAACACUCGACAAUUGCAAUGUUUUCUAAGCUUAAAGAAAAGCGAACAACUACGUCUCUGUGUGGAGAUUACAGAGAAAAAGGAUGACAGCUCAGACGUAGAAGCUUCAGAAGAAGAAGCUUCAGAAGAAGAAGCUUCAGAAGAAGACGCUUCAGAAGAAGAAGCUUUAGAAGAAGAAGCUUUAGAAGUUGAGUCUAUAGAGAAUGGGAGUUACGAUGGUUGCAGUUUGGAGGAUGAACAAGAUGAAAUUGAGAAUGACUGCUUUAGUAACGUUGAAAUACACGACGUAGCCGGAGAAGAUGAAAUAGGCAAAGAAAACGAAGAAGAUGAUGAAUUUGAAAGUCGAUUUGAUAUGUUCGAUGACUCGGACGGUGCGUCAUCUGAAGAUGAUAACUUCAGCACAUACGGUGAGUCUCCUAUCGAAGAAGACGAAGAUUCACCAACGCUACCUUCCAAGAAGAGAUAUCAGAACUUCUUGAUGAGCGAAUCUAAAGGGAAUCUGGAGGUUUUGAAGUUGGAGAUGUCGUCGUUAGACCUUGCGGUAGGACAACGAUACUUGACUAAAAAGCAUUUGAAGAGACGACUGAAACUUUUUACAGUGAGGCAUCAAUUUGAUUUUGAUGUAGAAAUAUCAAACCUGACAACAUACGUUGUUAAGUGUUGGGUUGAUGGAUGUACAUGGAGAGUUCGUGCAUCUACCGAAGGAUUGUCCCCGCAGUUUUAUAUUCGUAUUUACGACUCGGAUCAUGCAUGUUCUGUAACUGAGCGUUCUAAUCGAUCUCGAAAUGCAACACCGGAUAUUUUAGGAGAGUUGUACAAGAACUUUCUCGGCGACGUUGGUCCGGCCGUUCGCCCUGAGAGUGUCGGAAUAGCUAUCACUAAGCAGUUUGGUGUAAAGGUAAUUAUGUUACAACGGCUGAGUUAUGGUAGAGUAUAGGCUGGGUUAUUUUAUGUUAGAAAUGGCUGAGUUACAAAACUAUGGUUGAGUUAUGUUUACGUUGUGACCGUCUUAAUGAUAUGAUGUGGCUGAGUUAUGUAAAUUGUUUUUUCAUGUGAGCAGAUGGAAUAUUGGAAAUCACACCGGACGCUUAAAUGUGCAAGGGAAAUCGAUGAGGGCACACCUGAGUGUGGUUUUGAACUCUUGCCUUCUUACUUAUACAUGAUAAGAAGGGCAAAUCCGAAUACAGUUACGCGUCUUCAAAUCGAUGAGCUUGGAAGAUUCAUGUAUGUGUUUCUUGCGUUUGGUGCGAGCGUUAAUGGGUUUCCUUUCAUGCGCAAAGUUGUUGUCGUCGACGGUACGUUUCUUAAUGGUAAAUAUAAAGGGACGCUACUCACAGCACUAGCUCAGGAUGGUAACUUUCAGAUUUUUCCAAUAGCCUUCGCAGUGGUUGACACUGAAAAUGAUGAUUCGUGGAAUUGGUUUUUUACGCAACUAAAAGUGUUGAUUCCUGACCAGGAGGGUCUUGCGAUAAUAUCAGAUAGGCAUAACUCGAUAGGGAAAGCAAUUACAAAUGUGUAUCCGUUAGCUGCUCGUGGAAUAUGCACCUAUCAUUUGUAUAAAAACAUAUUGGGACGGUACAAAGGAAAAGAUGUAUUUCGGCUGGUGAAGAAAGCGGCGAGAUGUUUUAGAAUGUCUGACUUUGAUAUGAUUUUCGAGGAGAUUGAAGCACUUAAUCCUGAUCUCCACGGCUACCUCGAAAGAGCUGAUGUCAGACUGUGGACACGUGUUUAUUUCCCGGGCGAGAGGUACAAUUUGAUGACUACGAACAUAGCGGAAUCAAUGAACAGAGCAUUAUCGCAUGCUAGAGGUCUUAACAUUGUUCGAAUAUUGGAAUCGAUACGGGUUAUGAUGACCAGAUGGUUUGCUGAACGAAGAGUGGAUGCCAGAUCGCAGUCAACCACACUCACGCGCGGUGUGGAGAAACUAUUACAAGUAAGUCAGUCGUAACAGUAAAAUAAGUCAGUCUUUAAAUCUAAUAAGUCAGUCGUUAUAUUGCAUAAGCCAGCUUUAUAAAUAAUAAGUAAGCCGUUUCACGAAUAUUGGGUUUUGUUAAUAGGGACGUGUAAGUGCCUCCCGGGAUUGGACGGUUCAAAGGAUUGAUGACCAUCACACUGAAGUUAAAUAUGGCGCUGCUGGCGAGUCUUUGAAUGUUGUUAAUUUGGUUGAGCGAAAGUGCACAUGUCGGCGUUUCGAUGUCGAGAAAAUACCAUGUGUACACGCAAUCGCAGCUGCAGAGGAAAGAAAUGUUUCUCGUAUAUCACUGUGCAGUCCUUACUAUAAAAGCACUUAUUUAGCUAGCGCAUACGCUGAAUCGGUCAUGCCGGUUGACUCAGCGCUACCUGUUCCAGAUAACGUGGCUAACGUACAGUGCUUUCCACCGUUUAUUCGUCAACAACCGGGAAGACCUAAAAAAAUAGGAUGAAAUCUGCUUUAGAAGUUGCACUUGCAAACAAACGUCCUAGGAAAGAGCACAUAUGUUCUCGUUGCAGUCAAAGUGGACAUAAUGCGAGAACUUGUCCGAUAUAAGCAAUUGCUUUUCAUGUUGUUUUGUAAUACGGCUGGGUUUUGUGUUGUAAUACGGCUGGGUUUUGUGUUGUAAUACGGCUGGGUUUUAUUUUCAUUGAUUUGCACAACGGCUGGAUUAUUAAUUGUAAUACGGCUGGGUUUUGUGUUGUAAUACGGCUGGGUUUUUUUGUUUUAAUGUUCUAUGACGGCUGCGUUAAUGUUUUUCAAAUUUUGUAUUGUGGUUGGGUUUUUAUUUUCAUUGAUUUGCCCGCUUCCCAUUACUCAAGAGAGACACAGACAUCGAAAAACGAAAUGUCCGUACUUAAUUGCCCUACGUUACGUAAUAGCCCCUACGUAAUUAUUGAUUAUAAAGUGGAAUACGAAAGUAGCGAAUUAAAUUAAGAGAAAUUAAUCUUCAUUGGCUGAGAUAAUGUUACUCACACGCCUAAUAAUUGUCGUGAUUUCUAAUGUCAGCUCUUUUAUUCAAACGCAGUUGAAAAAAACUUCCCCGCUAGAAACACGAAACGUCGCGAAGUCAACUAAGGCUGAGUUAUUGUAAUACACGGCUGAGUUAUGGAUUAAAUUCCCGCUCAAAAUAAGAAAUAAGAAACGCCGCGAUACGAAACUACAACCGUUAACUGCAGAUAAAUAAGGUACUUCUCAAACAAUUACACAUCUUCAACUCUCUAUCUUUUACACAACUGUCCUCUCAGAGAAAAUGGAAUAUUUCCCUCUGCUUGAAUUGCCUGAAGAUCUUCAGGCAAUGGUGGUUGAACGUGUGGCCCGUAACUCCUUCCAAGAUCUCUACCGCCUCAGAGCAUCGUCCAGGUCGAUGAAGGCGUUAGCAGAGAUGCGUAGGGUAUACCAUUAUUUCGAUGUGUUAUCCUUUCCCUGGGGUCUCAUUAUGCCAUCUCAGUUGUUGAAAACUUGCUACGCUGAGAACAAUCCAAGCACAAUUUAUGUAAAGGGUGUACAGUUUUUCUACUCAUACGAUGAGCAAGAUUAUGGCCUUUCUCUCCUCAAGCGUGCAGCAGAUGCAGGAUAUGAGCGUGCAGUGUAUACACACGCUAUGACUCAAGCAAUCUUUUACGGUGAUGCGCAGUAUUUUCGGAGAAUUCCAAGAGCAACUGUUGACAGGGUCGGGAAACUUGUUCGAGAUGCGAAAUGGGGAUGGGGUUUGUGGCAUACUGACGAGUUCCGUCAAAUUAAGGCCAUGUUCACUUCUACUUAUGUUCCGUCCUUCUACCUUUGCCAAUGUGCAAAUGUUGUGGACCGACAAUGUCUCUGCCUAUGGCACAUUGAUGUGACUAAGGACGACAACAUGUGUGAGCGCUGUUUCUGGAUCAAAGAGAUUUCCUUGUUCUUUCGUGAUUUUGAACCGAUAAGCCUGUUUAGGGACACAAGUAAGUGGUGAAGAUGUCUCUGCAUCAGAAUCUUAUCUUUUUUAUGUUUUUUGCUAUGCCAUUAUGUAUGUCGAACAAAAAGUUAUAUAUUCUGUUUUUAUGGUUGACUUAUUUUCUUAUGGCUGAGUUAUUUUCAUCUUAUGGCUGACUUAUUUUCAUCUUAUGGCUGAGUUAUUUUCAUCUUAUGGCUGACUUAUUUUCAUCUUACGGCUGAGUUAUUUUCAUCUUACGGCUGAGUUAUUCUCAUUUAUUCAUCUUAUGACUGUUUUUUGAUUGUUCACCUAAACGUUAAGACUGAGUUGUUGUUUCGGAAGAAAUUAACAACGGCUGAGUUAAAUCCGAGUUACAUAAACAUAGACUGACUUAUGAGUACAGAAUCUGAGUAAACAAAGAAGUAGUAGUAGCAACUAAUACAUUUAAGACUUCAUCCUAAGACAUUCAAUAAUUUUUAUGAUCUCAGUUAUGUCUUUCUUCAUAUCAUCUAAUUCUGCUUUUAUAGCGGCCAAAUUCUGCUCUAUCGUCGCGAGUUUGUUUGCCACAACUACAAACUCUUCAUCAUGUGCUUCAUCAAGCCAUUUGAAAACAUGGUUUUGACCCGAAUUUGCUCCACAUCGAUAAAAUCUUCUACCCGAAUUUUUUAUUGUACCUGACGUUAACACAAUGGUAGCAGCUCCACAGUCGCACGUCCUUGGAAUUCCACGCUGUAGAUCCAUCUAAUUUAUACAUCAUAGCACACAAAAAAUAAUGCAAAAUCGAACAAGGCCAAAAUACAAAAAAUAAUUCAAAAUCGAUUUUGGACGAAAGAGACUUACUUUAGGUUUUAGAAGUCGACUCUGGUUUUCCUUUAUCUUUACUUGUAAAUAUUGGAAAUAUAAUAGGGAAAUCAUAUUAAAUAUAAAGAUCACGCGUGUCUAAAUAAAAUAAACAUAUAAUGACCUCGAUAUCGUAAAUUACUCGGACAUGCGUGUCAGGACAUAACUCGACACUGAGUUAAAUUAUGUAUGACUCUUUUGGCCAACUUUUAUUUUUCGACAUCAUUAAAUAUUAACAAUUUUACGACUGAGGUUUAGUUUUCGGUAUUAUUAAUUAUUAACAAUGUUACGGCUGAGUUUUAUUCUUCGGCAUUAUUAAUUAUUAACAAUGUUACGGCUGAGUUAUAUUUUCCGGCAUUAUUUACUUUACACAAGGAAAAAAAAAAGAAAUCAUUUUCGUCCCAACGCGAAAAAAAAGAAAAGCUCUCGACGACAGGCGAUUUCGAAGCGUCUCGAUACGAAGAUGCCUAAUUCGCACAAACCUCAUUUCUUGAAGCCUCUGCUUCCCGAUUUCCACAGUGGCGUGACAAUACCACUUGGCUUCUUCUCACAGCACAUAGAAGGGAAGACAAACCGGAAAACAUGGAAACUAAGAUCGGACGCUACAGAUCAAACUUGGGAAGUGAUACAAGAAGGCAGGAGACUCACCGGAGGUUGGAAAGAUUUCACCACAGCACAUGACCUUCAAAUCGGUGACAUUGUCAUCUUCAAACACGAAGGAGAUAUGGUGUUUCAUGUCACACCAUUUGGUCCUAGCUGUUGUGAGAUUCAGUAUACACAUCCUCACAUCAUCAAGGAAGAAGCCGAUGCGGAUGAUGCUCCUUCUUUCUCAUUUGACUAUUGUUUUCAGGCUGAGGUCACUGCUUCGAAUCUAAAAGAAGACAAACUUUAUCUUCCUGAGGGAGCUACGACUUGUACUGCUUUGAACAAACAAUGCCAAGAGAUAAUACUUGUCAACAAAGAGGGAAAUUCAUGGACUGUGAGUUUGCGAUUUAGCGAAGCAGACGGCAUGUAUUACAUCAGAAGAGGCUGGAGAAAGUUCUGUCGUGCUAACAGAUGCGCCAUAGGAGACUUAUUUGUGUUCAAUGUGGUUGGAGAUGGGAAAACUACUCCACUAAUGUGUGUAUGUCCGGAAAGGGAAGAGUGAUUU